UACUUGCACAUCACUAUACUGACGUCAUUCACUGUUUGUUACUGUGGAAUUAAGAGCUUGCUCUGUGCUUACUGUUCAUUAUUUUUGUACAUUGUUUUCAAUAUUUGUUGAUAGGCUUCUAAAAAGGUGGCUCACUUUAUUAUAAAGUGCUUGCUAGAUCCAGAUCGUUAACAUUACAUUAUAUAUAUGGAGACUGCAGAAAGUCCAACAUUAGAGAUGUCAUCAGAUAAAAAUUUAGAAACGUCUCGUCUUGUGUCUCAAAAUUCUAAUUCGAAACCAAGCUAUAUAAACUUAGUUAGCAACUUUUUUGCCUUAGUGUUUUUAGUAAUAAUAUGUUACUACAGUUUCGAUAAUGGAAUUUCUCUUUUCUCCUUCCAUCCUAUAUUCAUGAGUGUCGGCUGGAUGCUUAUUAUGACAUCAGCAAUAAAUGCCGUCACUCCUGGUGAUUUGGCCACAGAAUGGAUGCCUAUACGUCUUCGAAGUGCACGCCACUGGGUUCUUCAAGUAAUUGCCGGUAUUAUCAUAACAGUUGGAUUCCUGGUGAUUAUAUCCAAUAAAAUAAUUAAUAAUUCUGCACAUUUCACCACUUACCAUGGAAAAUUUGGUUUAGCUUCAUAUAUUUUUAUGUUGGUAACAAUGUUAGGAGGUAUAGGCGCGCUAUAUAGCCUUAAGUUGAAACAAUAUUUACCACCAAUUUAUACGAAACUUCUGCAUGCUUCUGUUGGAUUACUAACAUUCUGUUUGGGUAUAACUUCGAUUUCUUUGGGCUUGUUUUCAAGCUGGGGAUCUAAGAAAGGGGAAGUUUUCCAAUAUAUUGGUUUAUCUAUAGUACUACUGGUUAUGUUGUUUACUGUAUUACGUCCCACCUUAAAAGUAUAUUUCCGUCUGAGGGAAAGGCUAGACAACGUAAAUUAAAUGUCGAUAUUUAACUCUCCUUAGCUUCACAAGUCAUGGAUUAUAAUAUAUUAUGUUUAUUCAGUGUUUAUUACAAUAUCUUAUUAAUAUUAUAAGCUAGUGUUUACCAGUCACUAUGUCCAUAUGAUCGAUAUCAUUAAAUUUGGUAUACACAAUGUAUUUGAGGUGAAUAUGGCUAUUUUUUCACCAUCAGUUACCAUAGUCCAGGCACGUAGACAAAGUCGCGAAUAUAAACUAGAAUAUAUGUUACAAAUGUCACAAAUUAUUUGUAGUUAUUCAAAUCGCCAAUCUAUCCAAUGUCACAAAAUAACAUCAAACAUUUUAUUUUGCAAUACAUUCUCAGUAAGUUUCUUUUUCAAAUUUAUUUAGAUUACUAGUUUUUAUCGACGAAUUCAUUUGCGUGACCCGGAUAAAAAAUAGCCUAUGUUCUCACUACCAAAUCAAAUUUUAUAAGGAUUAAUGAACCGUUAAGGAGAUGAACAAAAUCUCAUUUUCUAAUUUUUAAUAUUGAUAAGAAUUAUUGAUAUUAUUACCAAUAAAUUGAACCAAAGUUCAAAACUGUUCUGAACUGAAUUGAAACGAUCAGGCAGACAGGCACAAAAAAAAUUGUAAGGCUUCCGUUUAUACUGUGUAUUUGAAUUAAGUGUAAUAGUAUUAGAUAUGUUAUUUCAUGCAUGUAAAGAUCAAAGA